AUGAGUUUUAGCUCCGCCCCUCGACAGUACGAUGUUAGGUACCCCGCGGAAGUUGCUGGUGUGCGGAGAUACGAACGUGAAAUGUUGCAGUGUGGCAUGCUGGAGCGAGACCGACAGGCUCUGAAGAGACGGUCUGCUGUCCUGUGCAAACAGCUGGUUGUGGACGAGCUUCUCAUACAGUCACUGCAGGCAGAUGACAUCCUAACUGAGAGCAUGGCCGAGGCUAUAAUGGCUGAGCAAACAUCUCAGAAACGCAGCUGGCGUUUGUUGCUCCUCUUACCAAAACGAGGACCCAAAGCCUUCAGCAGUUUCUGCUCAGCGCUCCGAGAAACGGAGCAGCAGCACCUGUGCGACCUCCUCAUACAGUCGCCUGAGAGAGAUGUCAGGGAGACGCAUGCAGAUAGUAUUCAGUCUGACAAAGAGCCAGAGGCAAAGACAGGGCAGAUGGAGAGAACAGAAACAAAGAGAGAGGUGAGAGGAGCACCUAAAAUCCUCAGUCAGGAUAACUGCGAGUAUUUAUUUUAUAAGGCCAAGAUAAGAGAGCUAGAGGAAAAAUGUGAGGUGAGCAGCACCUCAUCGCUCCCAGUCCCAGCCUCAGAUAGAUGCUGCACUUCCGAGUCAUCACUCAGGGAGUCGGCCCCAGUCAGGGAGGAGGACAGGAACAAAGAAAGACGAAGGAUCAAGACAAGAGGAAGUGAUGAGCGGACUGAUAGGAAAGCGGGGUCUUCUCUUCCACUUCCAAUUCAGGAGGAACUUCCUGCCAAAAGAACAAGGACACAUGAGUCUUUGGAGUUCAGCCUCGAUGCCGACAGUCCCAUCAACACUCCCGUUCUACCGUGCACUCCUGACUUCUAUCGCGCUCACUGCCAGCAGUCUUAUAGAAUGGGUUCCUCCCCUCGUGGAUUUGCUCUGGUGAUCAGUAAUGUGAGCUUCGACUCCCAUGCUGCUCCCGACCUUGACCCAAGGAAGGGCGGGGAGGUGGACGACGAGGUCCUCAGGAAGGUUUUCACAGAGCUAGACUACAUGGUCAGCGUCCACAGAAACCUCACCGCUCAGGACAUGAGGACUUGCAUCGAGAAUUUCUGCAGGCGUCCAGAGCACAGCACAGUGGACAGCUGUGUGGUGUGUCUGCUUUCCCAUGGGGUGGAGGGGGCAGUUUAUGGCACAGAUGGACAACUCCUGCAGCUGGACUGGGUGUUUCAGUCCUUUGACAAUGCGCAUUGUCCGCUGCUGCAAAACAAACCGAAGAUGUUCUUCGUUCAGGCCUGCAGAGGAGAUGAGAUGGACUGUGGAGUGGAGCAGAUAGACGGCCCAGCAAGGACUUUAUCACCGAGCUGCGAGCAGCGGGACGCUGGGAGGGAAGGACAGGGGGAUGCAGACUCCGGACAGAGGGUGGACUUGGGGAGGCCCAGGAUUAAACUACCACAGCGGUCGGACAUGAUCUGUGGCUUUGCAUCUCUCAAAGGUCAGAGAAUUAGCACAGCCGCCAUGCGAAACACCAAGAGAGGCUCCUGGUUCAUCCAGGAGCUGAACACAGCACUCCGCCUCCAUGCCAGAGACACUCACCUUGCAGACAUCCUGGUUCAGGUCAACAGACGUAUCAAGGAGAGGGAGGGCUACGCCCCGGGCACCGCCCACCAUCGCUGCAAGGAGAUGUCCGAGUUCACCAGCUCACUCUGCAAAGACCUUUUCUUUUUCCCCAAGUACCAGUCCCAGUAUUGACAUGCAAAAGAGCACUUUAGAUCACCACACACAGAUCAUUCCUCCCGUUAAAGCCUGUCAGCAGAGGCGCACACACUCAAACUGCCUCUCACUCACACAUUCCCCCCCGUCACGCUUCACAAAGUUUUGCCCCACACGCACUUGCAGGAUUCUUGAAAAACGUAAAGCAGCAAGCUUAUUUUAAUCUACAUGUACUUGGAAAUGAGUGUGGAGACAAACCCACUGUCUGUGUGUCCGUGUCUAUGCCAGUUAGAGGGUUUAUAUGUUAAUCCUUUUCAGUCAAACUGCACAGCUACUCUGAGGUUUCACAAAUCUCUCUUUUUAAAAAAGUAUUUUGUAUACAGAUCUAUUUUUGUGCCUUAAUUUUGUAUGAAAAUGUUUUUAUAAGGAUUUGCAAAGCCCUUGUUUUUAUUUGUACAUAAGGUGCCACCAUUUCUUGUUCUUAGUGUACGGACAGGCAGGGGGCAGCACUGCAGAGACAGAGGCGUUUCGUCCUCUCAUAAUCCUCAGCAUUUUUCCCCUGCUGCAGUUCAAAGUGAUCCAGGUUGUCAUGAUCACAGAAAGCCAUGGCAUGAGUUACAGCAUGGUGUAAACUCCUGAUUUCCCCUCAAUUGGCUAUUUGAGAAGGGGAAUACACCACUCACAGGGCAGCUUCAUAAGGAUGUCUAGAAGAAAUUUAGUAAUGUAUUCCUAUGCUUUUGCCAGCAAAUAUUUUUUAAAAAAAAAAAAAAAAAAAAGAUUUAAUGUAAUGAUGUGAUUUACACCCACAGUAAAUUUCUCCUAUGUUAGGGUGGUGGGCUGGGAUGUGGUGCUACAAGAGAUGCUCUGGCCUUUAUCAAUAGUGUUUGUCUCUGGGGGAGUCGUGCAUUUAUCCCUGUUGUAUUUUCUACUGUUCUUUAUAUAAAAAGGAUUAAAGACAAGUCUUCCGUAAACAAUAUGCAUUAUCUUAAAGCAGCCUGUGCCAUGUGAGGGUUAUCUGUCAGACAGAGCUUAUGAACAUGGUUGAGCUUUCAUAGUGUCCCCCCCCAAACAUAGAGAAAUGUAUUUCUGAGGGUUGUGGGAACAUUGAGGAGCCUCAGCUAGUCGGGGAGAGUGUGUUCGGUUACAACAGUGUCGUAUGAAGGUAAACAGAGCAGGUGGUUGAAACAGUAUUGGUUGUUAUCCACUGUAAACGGACCAAAAGACACAUACAGCUUUUAUGUUUUGCAUUUUAAACUGAGGCGAUGUGAUUUGAAGCAGAAAACAGGAGUCAAGUACAAGCGAUGAUUUUUUGUUGUCAAGCUCUGAUGAGAUGCCGUGUGUGGGGGGGGGCAAAGAUAUGUGGUUUCUGUCAUCACCUAUGACUGCCAAAUGUUCCAUACAAUAAACAAGCUGUGGCUUUUUAAAAAAA